GCCAACACCGGAAGUGCUUUAACGUGUAAUCACUGUAGUUUUAAAGCGUCUAUCCCACGGCUUCAGCAGCGCGAGGCACCGCCAGCAAUAACAAUAACAACAACAACAACAACAAAAACAAGAAAAACAACAACAGCAACAACAGCUGCACGCCCUCCGUCAUGCAGCGGCUCCUGCUCGUGCUUGUGGCCGCAGCCGGGGCGCUUGUGCUCGGCCUGGAGCCGCCGCGGGGGCCGUGCGUGGCCCCGCUGCAGUGGGACGGCCGCAUGGUGCAGUACGACCACAGCAGCGGCAGGAACAGCCGCGCCAACAUCUCCUACGACGGCGUGACCCGGAGGAUCCGGAUCCUGCAGACCCACCGGAGGCACACGCCCUGCCAGAGGUUCUUUGAGUUUAUCUACCUGUACGACAGCAUGGUGAUGUUCCAGAUCGAGCAGAAGACCAAGCAGUGCUCCAAGAUCGCCCUGAGCGAGCCCUGGGACCCCUACGACAUCCCCGAGAACUCCACCUUCGAGGACGCCUACUUCAUCGGAGGCGUCGGGGAGAGGGUGGCGGUUCAGGAAUGGUCGGACAGGAAGCCGGCGCGCAAACAUGAGACCUGGGUCGGGGUUUACACCACGAGGGACUGCUACCCGGUGCAGGAGACCUACACCCGCAACAGCAGCGUCACCACCUCCACCCGCUUCUUCGACCUCCAGCUCGGCAUCCGAGACCCCGACGUCUUCACGCCGCCCAGCACCUGCCAGUCGGCCCGGCCCGAGCGGAUGGCCGAGUCCACCUGCUGAGCCGCGCCCCGCGCCCCGCGCCCCGCGCCCCGCGCCUGCUUCUCUGAAAGGGAAACCGAGAUGUCAGUCUGUCUGCUCGUGUGUCACUGCAUUUCCUCAAAACUGUGAUUUAGCAUCGUUAGCAUUUCAUGUUGGUAUCAGUGAGCCCCUGUUAGCCGCACACUAACACACUCACUUACUGUUAGCGGUGCCGUGGAUUCAUUUUGACUGAAAACUGACUACAUAAAAACUGCUUUUAUAGUCCAGUAAUUUUAGGCCAAAAUUGGGGUCAACCUAGGACAAAUUGCAAGA